AUGAACGCCGCGAGGGAGCUCCAAGCUCCAGUACAGUCAAGUCGUCUCAACGCCAUCCAGCCCCUAUAUGCAGACGAAGAAGCGAACGAGGUCGAUGACGAAGCGCUCAUCAUGCGUUUGUACAAGGAAGAUGCACUCGCUGUUGCCUCGGUAAGAUUGCAAAUUUAUAUUGUCCGUCACUUGGGUGGUGACCCCGUCGCCAUUCUGGGCGAGCUGCGACGACGUUUUGCAGCCGAAAUACAGCACCACGAAGAUCAAGUCUCCGCUGUUGAGAUCCACUCGAAUGUGCACGAUGACAUGUCGACGGAAGAAUUGGCGCCAUCCGGGACGGGCACACCGGAGACUUCUGGUGCAGCGAUGUUGUCUGAUGUUGCGGGGGUAGAAGCGGUUAAGGAAGCGGCGGCGGCGGCGAAACCUGGACGUCGCCUGGGAUGA